AGGAAGAGCUCACAAACUGGCAGGUCGGUGUUGCUGUGUGGUCACGUCCCACUUUGUACGUUGGAGACGAAGAAAAAAGGAAUUUACCCUGUUGGUGGGUGUCUCUACGUGGAUAUGGAUGUCCCGGACUCUCCGCAUGGGAACAUGGGGCUGUUAAGGACCUUUGAUUCCUCUGAGUUUGGCAGCUGGGAGAAAAUAGGCUCAGGUGGAUUUGGACAAGUUUACAAAGUACGACAUGUACAGUGGAAAACAUGGCUGGCUAUCAAGUGCCCUCCGUGUCUUCAUGUGGAUGACAAGGAGCGCUCAGAGCUGCUUGAGGAGGCAAAAAAGAUGGAGGCCGCCAAGUUCCGAUACAUCCUUCCUGUUUAUGGGAUCUGCGAAGACCCCCAGGGCCUUGUCAUGGAGUACAUGGAGACCGGCUCCUUGGAGAACCUGCUGGCCACCGAGCUGCUACCCUGGGAGCUCCGUUUCCGCAUCAUCCAUGAGACUGCGGUGGGCAUGAACUUCCUCCACUGCAUGAACCCUCCACUUCUCCACCUGGACCUGAAGCCAGCCAACAUCCUGCUGGAUGCUCACUAUCACGUUAAGAUAUCUGAUUUUGGCCUGGCCCGGUGGAAUGGCCUGUCACGGGCUGAUGACAUCAGCAGAGAUGGGUUCUGUGGCACCAUCGCCUACCUGCCACCCGAGAGCAUCAUUGAGAAGGACAGGGUGUCGGACACCAAGCAUGACGUGUACAGUUUUUCUAUUGUUAUCUGGGGCAUUCUCACACAGAAAAAGCCCUACCAAGGAGAAAACAAUAUCCUGCAGAUCAUGGUGAAAGUAGUUAAAGGCAUUCGUCCAGACCUGGGUGCAGUGCCACGAAGUCGACCUUCUGCCUGUGCAGGUUUUCUGACCCUCAUGCAGCGCUGUUGGGUCACAAAACCUGAAGCCAGGCCCAGCUUCCAGGAAAUUACAUCUGAAGCUGAGGAGCUCUGCUCUAAACCUCAAGAAGAGCCAAAGACCCCGACUUUAUCAUCAUCUGAGCCAGAGCCCACGUCCCCUAAUCCACUCACCAGUAACCAGGGUAAUGACAACAAACCGGUUCGUCCAAAGUCGGCCAUGUUGCCUGAGAAAGAUUACAGCCUAUCAGAGCUGCUGAGCCAGGUGGAUUCUGGGAUCUCCAGGAGCUUCGAUCGAGUGAAGGAAGACAGCUGCCACAGCAAGGAGAACACUUGCAAGAGGUUGUCUGGGAUCUCCUCUGCAGAUUCGGCUUUCUCCUCCCAAGACUCCAUCACCCUGUCAUUUGAAAGGGAAAACACAUUUGAUUCUGCUGAAAUCCAGAAGCGGAAGCUGUGUGAAGCCAUUAGGAUUAAAGAUACUGCCAAGCUAAUGAAGAUCCUCCAGCCUCAGGAUGUUGACCUUCUCCUUGAUGGAGGAGGAAGUCUGCUCCAUCAUGCCAUCACUUUGGUUAAUGAGGAGGCUGUCAAGUUCCUCCUCUUGAACAAUGCCAAUCCUAAUCUUGCAAACACCCGUGGCUCCACGCCCCUCCACCUGGCCACAGAGAAGCACAUGAAGCCGCUGGCUGAACUUCUGCUCAGUCGGCGCUGUACUAACGUAAAUGCAAAAGAUGAGGACCAGUACACAGCUUUGCACUGGGCAGCUCAGAAUGGAGAUGAGGCUAUCACACGUCUGCUGCUGGACCGAGGGGCGGCCAUUAACGAGACAGAUGGCCAGGGCCGCACGCCGGCUCACGUGGCUUGUCAGCAUGGCCAGGAGAAUGUAAUCAGAGUGCUGCUGAGCCGUGGCGCUGAUGUUCAAAUCAAGGGCAAGGACAACUGGACGGCACUCCACUUUGCUGCCUGGCAGGGGCAUCUGGGCAUCGUCAAGCUGCUGGUCAAGCAGGCUGGUGCUGAUGUGAACGGCCAAACGUCAGAUGGCCGCACACCGCUGCAUCUGGCAUCCCAGAGAGGGCAGUAUCGAGUGGCGCGGAUCCUGAUUGAACUAGGAGCAGAUGUGCACAUGACGUCAGCUGGGUUAAACACACCGCUACACGUGGCGGCAGAAACGGGCCACACCAGCACCUCGCGUCUUCUGAUCAAACAUCAGGCGGAUCUGCAUGCCCAGAACACUGAUGGACUAGCGCCUCUCCACCUGGCCUCGCAGAAAGGCCACCUGGCCACAGUAAAGAUGCUGAUAGCAGAGGGGGCAGACCCCUACACAUCCAACCGAGCUCUGCGCACCCCCUGUCACCUAGCAGCAGAAAGUGGACACUGUGAAGUUCUCAGAGAGCUGCUCCUUCACUGUCCAGACGGAGGUGCCCUAUCAGAUGAGCAGGGCCUCAGCCCGUUACACCUGGCGGUGCAGGGAGGACAUUCUAACGUCAUUAAGAUGCUGCUGCCGCAGGUCUGCCAGGACUUAGUUACAGAGAGCGCGGUGCAGCCGGGGCCUGAAGAGUCCACACCACAGCAGGUCAGGCAGCUCCAGAGGAAAGUUGUCAUCCUCAAACUGACCGAGCACAAGGACAAAGACAGCCCAGAAUCCAACAACUCGCACUGUGCUUCAGCACCAUGCUAACGAGAGCAAAGACAUUCUCCAAAUUGUACAGAACUGUCUUCCAUGGCAUUUCCCCCCCAACUCCUUAGCUGCCUCGCACUUUGGCAGGGAGUUAUCAUUCCAAUCUUAAGUGAUUUUUUGGACACUUGGAGCACUGCAAAUGUUUCCUAAAGGAUAUGAAAGCUCAGAUGUAAAUAGCAACCUGUAAAUAGAAAUUAUAAAUACCUGUAUCUUGUUUAUUUUAGCUUUUUGUUUACUUUUUAUUAACAAGCUCAAUUUUUACUUGGCAAGAAUAUGUUGUGUAUUGACUUUGAUGAUUGGUUAGCAACGCUCUGUGUCCUUUGUGGAUCCUUUUUUUUGGCCCCACUCAGACUAUCAGUAACAUUUACCAGAAGACGAACUGUUGCAUCCAGAAAACUCUUGAAGAUUUUGUACCUGUAGCAAAGCAGUGCUGCAUCAUUCAUUAAAACAGUUUAAAACUUU